AUGAGCAAACAUCAUUCACCACCACCACCGCCACCAACGACCCCCGCCGCCGAUGGAAACCCAGGAUCCAGUGCUGCCGUGCCGGAACCUGCCGCUCGUGUCCUGAAGCUGGUUUCUGAUACAGCGGUUAUAAUCAUAGGGAAAAGAGGAUGCUGCAUGUGCCCCGUUGUGCAGAAGCUCUUGCAGGGUCAGGCAGUCAACCCUCCUUUGUUCGAAUUCGACGACCAGCACGAAGCUAUGGUGGCCGCAGCGGUGUCAGGGACGGUUGUUGGCGGCGGCGCAAAGGUGGUAGAGUUCCCGGCGGUGUUCGUGGGUGGUAAGUAUUUUGGUGGGUUGGAGAGAGUGAUGGCGGCUCAUAUCUCAGGGGAACUUGUUCCUGUACUCAAACAAGCUGGGGCCUUGUGGCUUUAA